AUGAGAAAACAUAAUAACCGGUCUGAGAUCUUCUCGUCGCUGUGCUACUUCGCGGAGAAGGAAAAUAACGCUGAGAUGUUCUCUUCGAUCCCGUAUUCGAUGUGGUGGGCUACUAUCACAAUGACAACGGUCGGCUAUGGAGACAUGUAUCCGAAAACACCGAUGGGAAAGAUUGUCGGCUGCGUUUGCUGUAUUACAGGUGUGUUGGUGAUUGCGCUACCAAUCCCUAUCAUUGUCAAUAACUUUGGCGACUUCUACAAGCAGCAAAAGCAGCUGGAGAAGAACAUGAAGCGAAAGGAAGCUCUGGAAAAGGCGAAAGAAGAGCAUUCCAUCUUCGCAGAGGUGAAAAUGAGCCAGUACAACACGCCGGAUCGUCACUUUGGCUCGAAGACGCCGAACUCGAUCAAGUCCGCGAAUAGAAACGAGGACACAAUCAGUGAAAAAAUUUGCGAAAAAACUCCUGUAAAAACUUCACGCACGCAAGAAAACUACGUCAUUCAAUCGAAUAAUAUUAUAAACGUGCCGGGCACGAUCGUGACCGAGUCUGAACCUGAGUCGUCAAUAAUGUUCCAACACAACGCAACAGAAGCUCUCCAACAAACAACCUCACAACAAAAUAAACCGGAUCAAAUGCAACCCAAGAACCAAACUAACAAUAACAACUCACCAACUGAGGCUAGCGCGACUUCUUACGAGCCAGAGAACAAUCUUUUCAACAGGGAUCCAAAACCUUCGAAUUGCCUGCUAGGCGACGCGACCUUUCUCAACUACAUCGACAAGACGCCCGACAAGGAAUGA